AUGGGAGCCAUGGCGAACUUCCGAAAGUCAAUAAUUUUCUCCGUUUUCUUUUUCUUUUCUAUGUUGCUCGUGAAAACGUCGUCGUCUUCUCCUCCUUCUUCGAACCUCCAGAUCCUUACAGCCGAACGCAGGAUUGACUUGACUUCGCAUAUUGUUAGGGUUUAUUUGACCUUGAAGGUUGAGAAUACUGGGGAAGCUCCAGCAGCAGAAGUCCUUCUUGCCUUCCCACCUGCACAGUUUGAUCAUCUAGCUUUGGUCAAAGCGGCAGCCACUGUUGGCAAGAAGAAGAAGAAAUCGUAUCUUCCUCUUGAAGUGAACCCAUCUGAUCACCCGGAUGCACCAAAUGGAACCAAAUACUACUCCAUAUCUCUGCUCAAACCAUUAGCCAAGGAUGAAUCAAUCACGCUAGAAAUACAUUACAUAUUAACACACUCUCUUGAGCCAUUCCCAGCAGAGAUAAGCCAGUCAGAGUCUCAAUUGGUUUAUUACCAUGACAGUGCCGUUAUUCUCUCUCCAUAUCAAAUAAAACAGCAGGCAUCAAUGGUUAAGACACCAACUUCUAAGGUGGAAUCAUUCACAAGAGUUGAACCCACUGACCGCUCGGGUACAGAACUGAGAUAUGGACCUUAUGAGGACCGUCAUCCUUAUUCAUACUCUCCUGUAAUCAUUCAUUUAGAAAACAAUAAUGCAUUUGCUGUUGUUGAGGAGCUUGAGCGUGAAAUCGAGAUAUCUCACUGGGGCAGCGUCCAGGUUACCGAGCAUUACAACUUAGCUCAUGCUGGUGCCAGGCAUAGAGGCAUUUUCUCAAGGGUUGAGUAUCAAUCUAGACCUUCCAUUAGUGGCGUCUCUUCCUUCAAGCAUCUUCUUGCAGAGCUACCCCCAAGGGUUCAUUCUGUCUACUACAGAGAUGAUAUAGGGAAUAUCUCGUCAUCACGUUUGCGUACAAAUUCUAAGAAGUCAGAGCUGUUAAUUGAGCCACGGUAUCCUUUAUUUGGCGGCUGGAAAGCAACAUUUGUCAUCGGAUACGGGGUUCCACUCCAGGACUUCCUUUUCGAGUCGGAUGAUGGUUCACGUUACCUGAAUUACACUUUUGGGUGUCCUUUGUCCGAGACAGUUGUUGACAAGUUGACUAUAAAAGUUGUCCUUCCGGAGGGAUCAAAGAACCCUUCUGUCAAAGCUCCUUUUACAGUAGAACAUAGUCUGGAGACCAAAUACUCAUACCUUGAUGUUAUUGGGAGGACUGUGGUAGUUCUGGAAAAGAAAAAUGUUGUACCUGAGCAUAAUGUUCCUUUCCAGGUCUUUUACAACUUCAAUCCAAUGUUUAUGCUUGCAGAACCAUUGAUGCUAGUUUCUGCUUUUUCCCUUUUCUUCUAA